GGUGGAUGACUGGAAGGCACCCGGGGGCGCUUGCUUGUCUUAUAUUUCGGAAGCUUUCCAGUUACGUGGGCCUCCGCUUCUUGGAGUUGGUUACCUUAGCUCCAACAUCACGACAUGUCAGUCGGUCAUGCUUGGCCCGACGGAUCGUCUCGCUUGCGGACGACAUUGAUAGCGUAGCUGUCUCCGUUUUCCACCUAACCCGACAGCGCAGCAGUUGUGGUACAGUCUACGAGCUGUAGCAAUCCCCUUAUUUAUGGCUAGAUCGCAAUGCCUUGACCACACAGAAUAGUACAGGCCAACGCUAGCCUCUGCUCGCCCCGCUACCUCUCAGCCUUGGAACGGCGUGUACGAUGGUCGACUGGAAAAGCCCGGAAAUGCUCGCUCUAACCUCGUAUCUGUUCGCAUCCAACGUCAUAUUCUCACUCGGGCUCUAUGCUUGGUACUUUGUCUUGUCGCUGCAUGAGGUCGAGCUACGCCUCGUGACGUGUAGGAGAAAAUUUCAGCUGGCUCACGUUUGUUACCUAAUUGCACGCUACUCUCAUCUUUACUCCCUUAUUGCAUUAGCUGUGAUCACAAACAUGAACAUACCUAUCACUAACCACUGUUACUCUUUAGGUCUGAUGAAGCUCACUGCGCUCAUGGAUAAUCUUGCAGUGGCCGCGUCCAGCGGAAGUCUUGCUUUGCGCGCAAUGGCACUUUGGAAUGAUAGACGAGAUGUGUACUGGGGUAUUUUCAGCAUAUGCGUAGGCCAUUUAGUUUACGCCAUACUCUUGGGCAGCCUAGUAGUUCGCCAGAAAUGGGACCCAGUUCACCACAUGUGCGCCCCUGGUACCCAGUUCGUGCGCAAACCGUUCAUUGCAUUUUUGCUGUUAACAAUCGUUUGGGAUGUCUCGAUCCUGGUUCUGACUGUCUCAGGCAUGCGUAGGAAGCAGCUCGCAAGAGGAUCGCCAUUUUGGUCGCCAUUACUGACACAGGGGGCAAGCUAUGUCAUAGUUACGCUUCUAAUCUACAUAUCCAUCACCGUUCUGUACAUCCUUGAUUUAAGUUUGACCAUGAACACCAUCUUGCUGCCGCCAGGUUGCACGAUCACUGUUAUCGUAUCCUCGUCUGCUAUGUCUUCCUUGCCGAACAUGAACGAGGAAAGCCAGAGAGGCGUGGGCCCAGCUUCCCAAAGUGGUGGCUGCCCUCAGACGCUGAAUGGCAAUGUAUCGACUGUCGUGGACCUGGAGGUGUUGCGCACGUGUCAGUCGGUCAUAUGAGGCUGGGCAUACCAGUCGAAAGGGUCGCACUAAAACAAGAGUCAUCGGGGGACGUCGAUGUAAAUUUGCAACGUAAAUGGUUAUCUUAUCACUCCCGCUCGCGAUUCUUCCUUCGCUCCAUGUGCCUCUGUGGUAAGUACGUGUGCAUUGCGGUUACUAUG